AGCUUCUGCCAGCGAGGCAGGGACAAGUGCCGAAGAGCAACGCUACUUGAUAGACAGCGAGGCAUGGAGAGGAUCGAAACAUCAGUCACUAAUCGUUCACAAUGAUGAACCAACCGGUUAAUACACUUGACAGGAAAAAAGUCAUUAAAGCAAAGCUUGAGAAGCUAAGAAAGGACAAAACUACCGUCCUUCCGGCCCUUGUAAAAACAGGAAGACCCCAACCUCUCACAGUUGCACAGUCAUCUCGACCUGAUGCCUUCAGUCGGCAACACAGACUUCCGCCGAACGACUCAAAUCGACUUGGCUCCAACAAAGCAUACCCACAGAAGCUGGGUCCCAAUGUCGGCACCCUACCCCAGCUGGAACCCCCUGCCAAGCAAACCGUGUUAGCGAAUGCCAAACCUCAUCAUCAGCUUGACAUAAUCCUGCCUCAGAUAGGCAGCAAGGUCAUGCCAAAUGUGCAGCAGGAGGAGAGGCACAGAGGCUUGCAGCACCCGAUAAGAUUGAACCCAACGGAGAACCUGGCAGACUCCAGCAGCUACUGCCCUUCAAACAAGCAGGAAAAGCACAAGACAAUUGAAGGUCACAGGCUGCCUAUCACACCUGCAGAAGCGCUGAAGCAUUUUCGAAACCGGCUCACACAGUACGAGCAGGAGGAGAUAAUGGACUACUCUGAGCUGUGGUUUCUCGGGCUGGAUUCCAACAAGAUUGAGGGGGUUCACGGAGAGCAGCAUAACUGUGGGUACGAUGACGAGCAUGGCAGUUACCUCAAGGUGCUACACGACCAUAUUGGAUACCGCUUUGAAGUGCUGGAAGUAAUUGGGAAAGGCUCAUUCGGACAUGUUGUGAAAUGCUUGGACCAUAAUACCAACGAGCUUGUUGCUUUGAAAAUAAUUCGGAACAAAAAGAGAUUCCACCACCAAGCCUUGGUAGAAGUGAAAAUACUUGAUGCCCUCCGGAGGAAAGACAAAGAAAACAGCCACAAUGUUAUACACAUGAAGGAAUACUUCCACUUCCGUAAUCAUCUCUGCAUUUCCUUUGAGCUUUUAGGACUGAACCUGUACGAACUCAUUAAGAAGAACAACUUCCAAGGAUUUAGCCUGCAGCUCCUUCGCCGCUUUGCCUGUUCGCUACUGAAGUGCUUGCAGAUGCUCCACAGAGAAAACAUCAUCCACUGUGACCUUAAACCUGAGAAUAUUCUGCUAGCCCAUAAAGGGCAAGGGACUAUCAAAGUGGUUGACUUUGGAUCAAGCUGCUAUGAGCAACAAAGAGUGUACACCUACAUCCAGAGCAGAUUCUAUCGCUCUCCAGAAGUGAUCCUGGGCCACACGUACAGCAUGGCGAUCGACAUGUGGAGCCUGGGAUGCAUUCUGGCUGAGCUUUACACAGGCAGCCCUCUCUUUCCAGGGGAGAACGAGGUGGAGCAGAUGGCUUGCAUCAUGGAGGUGUUAGGACUGCCACCCACUGAGUUUAUACAGACAGCGUCUAGGAAACGGUUAUUUUUUGAUUCCAAGGGAUCGCCUCGAAAUUUUACAAACAGUAAGGGGAAAAAAAGAUGUCCCAAUUCAAAGGAUCUUGCCAGUGUACUGAAAACCAAUGAUGCUCUAUUUCUGGAUUUCCUAAGAGGCUGUCUAAUGUGGGAUCCUGCACAGCGCAUGACUCCGGAUGAGGCCAUGCAGCACGAGUGGAUCCAGGAGGCACGGUUACACAAGACCCGCCCCAAAACACGCUCUGUGAGGAAGUGCAUCGAGGGCAUCCCUGUCAUAGACAGCAACAUGGAACAAAGCUGCAAGAAGACUACAAACAGCAAAACAGCUGACAAGGGGUAUGAAAAGAGUUGUGACCGAGCUGAAGUUUCUGGAAAUGUGGAAGAAACCUUGGAGAGACUGCGACCGAUCGGAGCCUCUGCAGAGGAGGAGGUGUGGGAGGACACGGCCAAACACAAAACAGAGAAACCCAUCAAAAUCACCCUCAAACCCAAGCCAGUGGAGCACAGACAACACCCCGGCUCUCAGAACCGGACACAGACCCAAGCCCAUAUGAAAUAACUGCAGGCUGAGAAGGACUAAGGGCUUUUCUAUAGACAGCUGCUUUAUCAUUUUUUUUUAGAGUUGUACAUUAAGACAUUUAUUUGAAAUUAUUGCGGAAUUUUUCAACAAAUCAAGAGUUCUUCGUCAUUAUGAAUGAGCAAUAUUUGAAGCAACAAGUGGCUGGGCCAAAACUAUAAUGCCAGUUUCUAUGGGUUAGAAUCGAUCUAUUUAUUUAUUUAUUUAUUUAUUUAUUUAUUUAUUUAUUUAUGUAGUGGUAUGAAAUGAGAUGUGAUAUGCACUGUGCAGUUGUGUGUAUUAUGUGUACAGUGAAAGUAUAAUACACACAGCUGCAGGCGUAGCUUAAAAACAUGUUUUACGGUGAUUUCCUCCUUUUCUACAAUGAAGUCAGGAUUAUGUACAAUGAAGUUAUGAGGCCUGAUUGCUAAGUAGAGAAACAUUAUAACUAACAAAUCCCCAAAAUAACACUGGUGAUCGCAUCGGCCUAAACAUCUGUCUACUUGACUUUGUUUCUUAUAAUUUCAAAUGGGUAAAAAAGGUCCCACCAUUCUGAGCAGUGAUAGUGAUGCUACAGCUCAUAAGAGGUAGGAAAUUAGAUUUUAAAAUAUUAGUCAUCGCUCCUUUGAAGGUAACAUUUUACUUUCUUUUUUAAAUGAAAAAAGAAAAAGUUACUUGGCAAUAGUAAUAAAUGUACAGAUGUAUUAUAUUAUUGUUCUUUAAUGAAAAUAUUUUGAUGAUAGUUUGUGCCUUGAAGUAUUAGAACAUGCAAACUAAAAUAAAUAUACAGUGGUAUUUAAUUGUUGCUUUAUAAGAUGUACAAAUAGUGAAUUGUAAACGUUUAUUUCAAUACAGGGUAUUUGCCAUAGAAUGCAUUACAUAAGAAAGAAAAAAAAUCUGUUAAAAAAAAAUCCAAACAGAUUUUUUUUUAUUUUUUUUUUACAGAUCAAGGUCUUUAGAACUUUAUCUUCUUAAAUCUUUCCCAUACAGAUCAACCAUGUAUUUCAGAUCUGUAACCAUUUUUUUAGUUUUUAUUUUAUCUUAACAUUCUAGCUGUAUUUCUUUAAUAAAAGGCCAUAUAAUUAUCACAUAAUACAAAAUCGUUUGUUUUUCACAAAUAAUGCAUUCAAGUUGAAUCUCUAGCCAUUCACUUUUAUUGUGAUUCCAAAUCAUGUUGGCCCAAGACGGCAUGGUACAGUUUCCGCAAACACCACAAAGGCUCAAAUCAGAAACACUGUUCGCUGGCAUUGGCCUUUAAUAAAUGAUACAUUUAAUUUUGAUAAUACAUAUUAACCUAAUGUAAUACAUCACACAUGCAUUCCUCAAAACGUAUGUAUGUGCAUUACCCUAAAGAAUGUGUAAGAACUGCUACCCAUGGCCGCUACUAUUCAUAAUCAUGGCUAUAUUAUUAUAUUUGUGAAAAGCCAUUUUGUUUUCACUCCCGCACAUUAAAAAUCUAAAUGUGUGCGAUGACUACAGUACCUUAACUGUACAGUUCUGCGUUAAUACCCUACACUGGAAUUUCUGCAAUGUUAUUCUUCGUGUGAAUUGUUUUUAAUUAUGACGAUCACAGGUUGGUUAUACAUGGAAAUCCUAUGUAUCUACCUACCUAUAGAUUUACAAGAGCAUCUGGCCGGGCACGUGGGCGAUCAGAGAGAUUUUUUUUUUUUUUUUUCUCUUUACCAGCUGGGACAUUUCUAAUUUGGUUUGUCUCGUGUAUUCUGUUUAAUUGGUUGUUGACGUUUCACAGCCACGUUUCAUACAAAACCUCAAGCAGACAUUGAAAUUUUUUAAGACAUUGAAGUUUCUUUUAGUAUUUCUAGUUUGAUUAAAAUCUCAAUUUGUUUUUUUCUACUUUGUACCAUAGUAUGCAUGUUGUUUAUUUUCAGUACCCCCAUACACCAAAAAAUACUAUCGCUGUAAUUAUUGUAACUUGUUAUUGUUAUUACUGUAUAAUUAGCUAUUGCUACUGCUAAUAUCUCAUAGUAAACCAUUUCAGCUGGAAACUUCAGCAUUAAUUUCAGUGUGACAUAAUCUCCUGGGCAAAAUCUAACGCACUC